AUGAAAGGUUGUAUCUCGGUUGCUGUUGAAUGUGCCAGCAAGAAAUCGUUGAUUGCUGGCACUGUCAUAUGUCCAGCUGGAAUCUUUGGUGUUUUAGACGGGCAAUAUUAUGAAGAGUUACAGGACCUGAUACUAAACCAAAGUUACUAUGUGGUAAACUUUGAGGAUCUGCGACGGAUGCCGCCUAAGAUCAAGAGGCUAGAUUCUGUAUGGUCUGUGCCUGCGUAUUCCUUAAGAAGGAAUGACCUGCGGGUUCAUUGCAGGAAUUCCAAACUGACUCGCGCGGAAUUUGAUGAAUGUAUGCAGAAUAGUAUACCGACCCUCGAGAAACAAACCGACCUCAGUAUACCGACCCUCGAGAAACAAACCGACCUCAGUAGAACUGACAUUGGUUGGAAGAAGAGCACUGGUUUGAAGACAACCGGUAAUAAGACUAACGGUGAAAGAAGCCUCAACGAUAAAAAGGCCGUUGAAGGAAAUAGUAAUCGGCCCAGAACAACUUAG